CGCAUUUUGUUUUUACUCCUGCUCCUUCUCUCUGACUCCCUCCAGAAGCUAGAAAAAGUUUGCAAGCGCAACUUUAGGGAUGGGAGACAGGGCUCUUCACCAACAGACCCACGAAAAGAAGCGUCCGCUUCACCCUUCCCCAUUCGCGCCGCCGUCCUUUCCCUCUCGCCGGGUGAUGGGCAGGAGGCAACACUCUUGGGACGCGGUAGCUCAGGCGGAUACCCCGGAAUCCCGUCAGGCUGGAGCAGCACGCAGCUCUCCCUCUGGCAAAGCCUCCUCUGCCUUGGCCAUCCACCUCCCGGAAAAGUAAAAGGAAAGAUCGAGCCUCUAAACCGUCCUUUUCCCCCUCCCCCUCUUCCCGGAGGAGCUAAGGAAGAAAGUACCGUUCUGUGAUUCACUGGAGAGAAAAGAGGGAGGAGGCAAAAGAACUCGGAGUGCCAAAGCUAAAUAAGUUAGCUGAGAAAACGCACGCAGCUUGCAGCGCCUGCGCCGGGUGCGCCAACUCCGCAAAGGCCAAACGGGCUCCGCGCUGGCUGGCGACGGGGCUAGGGACCCGGGUUUGGCCUUCAGGCUCCCCAGCAGCCGGGAAAAAGAAUUGCUGCCCGGAGUUUCUGCAGAGGUGGAGGGAGAUCAGGAAACGGCUUUUUCCUCACUUCGCCGCCUGGUGAGUGUUGGGGAGAUUGGCAAACGCCUAGGAAAGGACUGGGGAAAAUAGAGAGCCCUGGGAAAGUGGAGAAGGUGAUCAGGAGGCCGGUCCACUACAGCAGUUUAUCUGUCCGAUGAGAGCCCGACGAGACGCGUCCACUUCGCAGUUCUUUCCAGGUGUGGGGACCGCAGGACAGCCAGCCAUUCCCACUGCCCUCCGUACCAGCACUCCCAGGACAGUCAGCCUUGCUCCCCAACGUCGAGGGCGCUCUGGCCACAAAAAAGUUCCUGUCCAGUGUGAUUCUCAAUUCCUUGCUUGUUUUUUUUUUCUCCAGAGAACUUUUGGGUGGAGAUAUUAACUUUUUUUUUUUUUCCUUGGUGGAAGCUGCUCUAGGCAGUGGGGAGGAGGGGGAGAAAGUGAAAUAUGCUGGAGAAGAGCGAGCCCUCCUUGUUCUUCCGGAGUCCCAUCCAUUAAGCCAUCACUUAUGGAAGAUUAAAGUUGUCGGACAUGGUGACUGCUGAGAGGAGAGGAGGAUUUCUUGCCAGGUGGAGAGUCUCCACAGUCUGUUGGGUGCAUGUGUGCGCCCGCAGCGGCACCGGGCGCGUGGUUCUCCGCGUGGAGUCUCACCUGGGACCCGAGUGAAUGGCUCCCAGGGGCUGUGCGGGGCAUCUGCCUCCGCCUUCUCCACAGGCCUGGGUCUGUCCUGGAAAGAUGCUAGCAAUGGGGGCGCUGGCAGGAUUCUGGAUCCUCUGCCUCCUCACUUAUGGUUACCUGUCCUGGGGCCAGGGUUUAGAAGAGGAGGAAGAAGGGGCCUUACUAGCUCAAGCUGGAGACAGACUAGAGCCCAGCACAACUUCCACCUCCCAGCCCCAUCUCAUUUUCAUCCUAGCCGAUGAUCAGGGAUUUAGAGAUGUGGGUUACCACGGAUCUGAGAUUAAAACGCCCACUCUUGACAAGCUCGCUGCCGAAGGAGUUAAACUGGAGAACUACUAUGUCCAGCCUAUUUGCACACCAUCCAGGAGUCAGUUUAUUACUGGAAAGUAUCAGAUACACACCGGACUUCAACAUUCUAUCAUAAGACCUACCCAACCCAACUGUUUACCUCUGGACAAUGCCACCCUACCUCAGAAACUGAAGGAGGUUGGAUAUUCAACGCAUAUGGUCGGAAAAUGGCACUUGGGUUUUUAUAGGAAAGAAUGCAUGCCCACCAAAAGAGGAUUUGAUACCUUUUUUGGUUCCCUUUUGGGAAGUGGGGAUUACUAUACACACUACAAAUGUGACAGUCCUGGGAUGUGUGGCUAUGACUUGUAUGAAAACGACAAUGCUGCCUGGGACUAUGACAAUGGCAUAUACUCCACACAGAUGUACACUCAGAGAGUACAGCAAAUCUUAGCUUCCCAUAACCCCACAAAGCCUAUAUUUUUAUAUAUUGCCUAUCAAGCUGUUCAUUCACCACUGCAAGCUCCUGGCAGGUAUUUUGAACACUACCGAUCCAUUAUCAACAUAAACAGGAGGAGAUAUGCUGCCAUGCUUUCCUGCUUAGAUGAAGCAAUCAACAAUGUGACAUUGGCUCUAAAGACUUAUGGUUUCUAUAACAACAGCAUCAUCAUUUACUCUUCAGAUAAUGGUGGCCAGCCUACAGCAGGAGGGAGUAACUGGCCUCUCAGAGGUAGCAAAGGAACAUAUUGGGAAGGAGGGAUCCGGGCUGUAGGCUUUGUGCAUAGCCCACUUCUGAAAAACAAGGGAACAGUGUGUAAGGAACUUGUACACAUCACUGACUGGUACCCCACUCUGAUUUCACUGGCUGAAGGACAGAUUGAUGAGGAUAUUCAACUAGAUGGCUAUGAUAUCUGGGAGACCAUAAGUGAGGGUCUUCGCUCACCCCGAGUAGAUAUUUUGCAUAACAUUGACCCCAUAUAUACCAAGGCAAAAAAUGGCUCCUGGGCAGCAGGCUAUGGGAUCUGGAACACUGCAAUCCAGUCAGCCAUCAGAGUGCAGCACUGGAAAUUGCUCACAGGAAAUCCUGGCUACAGCGACUGGGUGCCCCCUCAGUCUUUCAGCAACCUGGGACCGAACCGGUGGCACAAUGAACGGAUUACCUUGUCAACUGGCAAAAGUGUAUGGCUUUUCAACAUCACAGCCGACCCAUAUGAGAGGGUGGACCUAUCUAACAGGUAUCCAGGAAUCGUGAAGAAGCUCCUACGGAGGCUCUCACAGUUCAACAAAACUGCAGUGCCGGUCAGGUAUCCCCCCAAAGACCCCAGAAGUAACCCUCGGCUCAAUGGAGGGGUCUGGGGACCAUGGUAUAAAGAAGAAACCAAGAAAAAGAAGCCAAACAAAAAUCGGGCUGAGAAAAAGCAAAAGAAAAGCAAAAUAAAGAAGAAGAAACAACAGAAAACAGUCUCAGGUUCAACUUGCCAUUCAGGUGUUACUUGUGGAUAAGCGCAAAUAUUUCCUGUUUGGUUAAACUUUAAUCAGUUCUUAUCUUUCAUCUGUUUCCUAGGUAAACCAGCAAAUUUGGCUUGAUAAUAUCGCUGCCCUAAGCGUCAGGCUUGUUUUCAUGCUGUGCCACUCCAGAGACUUCUGUCACCUGGCCGCCACACGGAAAACUGUUCUGCUCAGUGCCAAAGGUGCUACUCUUGCAAACCACGCUUAGAGUGGAGACGUUUGUUUCUCUUGCUCCUUUAGAAAACGUGGUGAGUCCUGAGUUCGACUGCUGUGCUUCAGUCAAUUGACCAAACACUACUUUAAAUUAUAGGAGGAGUACAAUAACCUACCAUCCGCAAGCAUGCUAAUUUGAUGGAAGUUACACGGUAGCAUGAUUAAAACUACCUUUGAUAAAUUAUAGUCAAAGAUUGUGUCACCUCAAAGGCCUUGAAGAAUAUAUUUUCUUUGUGAAUUUUUGUAUCUCUGUCAUAUGACACUUGGGUUUCUAAAUUAAUUCUAUUUCAUAUAUAUAUAUGUGUGUGUGUGUGUGUGUUUCUUUUCCUGUGAAAAGCUGUUUUUCUCACAUGUGAACAGCUUGCACCUCAUUUUAUCAUGCAUGAGGGAAUGGCAAAUAAGAAUGUUUGAGCACACUGCCCACAAUGAAUGUAACUAUUUUCUAAACACUUUAAUAGAAGAACAUUUCAGUAUAAAAAAACCUAAUUUAUUUUUACAGAAAAAUACUAUUUUGUUGUCAUAAAAAGUUGCGCAAAUGACUUUAAUUAUUUUAUUUUUAUUUCCUGCAUACCAUUAGAAGAGUUUUAUUUCAUUUCUUCCAAUUACCAAACACUGUAAUACUAUAAAUUACUGUUAUACUGUGCGAAUUCAUAGACUAUAAAAACAUCAUUCAGAAAACAUUAUAAUCAUCAUUGUUCAACCAUGAUUUUGAAUGUAAUAAGAUGAAUAUAUUCCUUACAAAUUACUUGGAAAUUCAAUGUUUGCGCAGAGUUGAGACAACUUUAUUGUUUCUAUCAUAAACUAUUUAUGUAUCUUAAUUAUUAAAAUGAUUUAUUUUAUGGCACUAGAAAAUUUACUGUGGCUUUUCUGAUCUAACUUCUAGAUAAAAUUGUAUCACUCAUCCUAAAAACUAAAAAUCUUUACUAAUAGGCA